CCUGUCUUUCAGCGCGCGAGCCCGAAUGAGAAGUUAGAGAGUUUAAUUAAAGGGCGGGAACUGAUUCGCGCCUUCUGAGGGCUGGAAGUUUCUGCACGGCUCAGUGUGCGCGCGCGCCCGGCUGCACUGCAUCUGAUCCCACAUCUGAUCCACUGUUCCUUUCUGUUUCUGUCCUGACAGCAGCUGAGAAGAUGCGGGUUCGAGCGCUGCUGAUCCUGAUCCUCGCAUCAGUUCUCAUCGCGCAUGCGCAAGUGCCGAUGCCCCGGAGGCUGCGUUUCAGAGAGCUGAGCUCCGACACGCUCGGCGUGAGCUGGAAGGAGCCGAAGGGAGCGUUCGACGGCUAUAGACUCGCGUACAGCACUGACUCAGGAGACGAGCGUGAGCUGACAGUGAGUAAAUCUGAGCCCAAAGCCGUCAUCGCAGGGUUCGACCGCAGGAAAGAGUACAGCGUGAAGGUCACGGCCGUCAGAGGGACGGAGCGGAGCAAAGCACUGCUGGGCAGAUACAGCGGAUCAGAGUCAGGCUCGGAGGUGAGUGACGUCGGCGUGCCGCUCAACCAGCAGGACAGCGUCGUCUCUGUGCCGGGCGACGAGAUCGCUGAAGAGGACGUCUUCACAUGUAAAACUCCAGCCAUCGCCGAUAUCGUGAUUCUGGUGGACGGAUCGUGGAGUAUCGGCCGGAUUAAUUUCCGUUUGGUGCGGAUGUUUCUGGAAAGCCUCGUCAGGGCCUUCGCGGUCGGUUCUGAAUACACACGUGUUGGGCUAGCGCAGUACAGCGGGGAUCCGCGGAUCGAGUGGCAUCUGAACGCUCACAGCACUAAAGAGGCCGUGAUCGAAGCCGUGAAGAACCUGCCUUAUAAAGGAGGAAACACACUCACAGGUCUUGCUUUGACGUAUAUUUUGGAGAACAGCUUUAAACCUGAAUCUGGAUCCAGACCUGACGUUCCUAAAAUUGGGAUUCUGAUCACGGAUGGGAAAUCACAGGACGAUGUUCUUGCUCCUGCUCAGAGACUCAGAGACGCUGGGAUCGAGCUGUUUGCUAUCGGGGUGAAGAACGCGGAUGAGAACGAGCUGAGAGCCAUCGCCUCGCCGCCGGAGGAGACGCACAUGUAUAACGUGGCUGAUUUCAGCGUGAUGAGCUCCAUCGUGGAGGGCGUGACCCGCAGCGUCUGCGAGCGCGUCGCUGAACUCAGCAAAGAGAUCAGCGGUGAGACAGAGCCGUAUUCAAGGUCACUUGACGCUCCCAGCGACCUUGUGACCUCUGAGGUCACGGCCAGGAGCUUCCGUGUGUCGUGGACUCAUGCUGCUGGGCCGGUGGAGAAGUACAGAGUGGUGUAUUAUUCAUCCAGUGGAUCCAGACCCGAGGAGGUGGUGGUGAACGGUGGCGAGAACUCUGUGGUGUUGAGGCAUCUGAACUCUCUGACUGAGUAUCAGAUCACUGUGUUCGCCAUUUACAGCAACUCAGCCAGUGAAGCUCUGAGAGGCAGCGAGACCACCUUGGCGCUGCCGACGGUCAGCAGUCUGGAGCUGUAUGACAUCACUCACAGUACCAUGCGUGUGCGCUGGCGAGAGGCAGAAGGGGCUUCUGGGUACAUGAUCCUGUACGCGCCUCUGACGGAGGGCGACCCCGCGGAUGAGAAAGAGGUUAAAGUGUCUGACACUGUGACUCAGAUUGAGCUGGAGGGUUUAACUCCUGCUACCGAAUACACGGUUACUGUUUACGCCAUGUACGGAGAGGAAGCCAGUGACCCCAUGACCGCGCAGGAGACCACGCUUCGUCUGACUCCUGCUCGUAAUCUGCGCAUCUCAGACGUGAAUCACAGCUCCGCUAAACUGUCGUGGGACGCGGCAUCUCGCAAGGUCAAAGGUUACCGUAUCGUUUAUGUGAAGACAGACGCUGUGCAGACCAAUCAGGUGGAAGUGGGACCGGUAACCACGGUGAUGCUGCGCAACCUGAGCUCUGUGACGGAGUACACCGUCGCCAUCUUUGCCCUCUAUGAGGAAGGACAAGCAGAACCGCUGACCGACACUUUCACCACCAGUGUGGUUCCUCUGCCGCUGAAUCUCCGCUCCAGUGACGUCUCCACUGACAGUUUCAGAGUCAUGUGGCAACACGCCGCGCCUGACGUCUCCUUCUACAGACUCACCUGGAGACCCGCAGCAGGAGGAGAGACUAAAGAGGUUCUCAUCAACGAUAACUCCAACACGUUUGUCAUCACGGGUCUCAAGCCUUUGACUGAAUAUGAAGUUUCUCUGUCUGGAGUCUACAGAGAUGAAUCUGAGAGCGAUCCAGUGGAGAUCUUUGAAACCACAGUUGCCAGAACAACAACAGUUUCUACAACGACCGUCAGAACGACUACAGCCGUGCAGCGGCUGGCCGUCAGGAAUCUGCAGCUGAGUGACGUGACGACCUUCAGCAUGCGUGUGUCAUGGGAUGCUCUGGGUCCAAACGUGCGUCAGUACCGAGUGUCUUACAUCAGCACUCGAGGUGACCGCGCCGAACAGGUGUCGAUGGUUCCUGCGGGUCAGACCUCGGUGCUGCUGCAGCCUCUCCUGUCGGACACUGAGUACCGCAUCAGCGUCUCGGCCGUCUACGGCGACGGCGACGGACCGUCCAUCACGCGAGUCGCUCGCACACUGCCUCUCUCCGCUCCCAGCGGCCUCCGCGUGUCCGAGGAAUGGUACAACCGCUUCCGCAUCAGCUGGGACGCGCCACCCUCGCCCACCAUGGGCUACAGGAUCGUCUACCAGCCCACCUCAGCGGCCGGCCGCGCUCUGGAGACGUUUGUGGGCGACGACGUGACCACCAUGCUGAUCGUCAAUCUGUUGAGCGGGACGGAGUACAGCGUUAAAGUCAUCGCCACCUACACCACGGGAUCCAGCGAAGCCCUGAGCGGACGCGCAAAGACGCUGUAUCUGGGAGUGAGUAACCUCAACACGUAUCAGGUGCGGACGACCAGCAUGUGUGUGCAGUGGCAGCCGCAUCGACACGCCAACCUGUACCGCCUCAUCCUGCAGUCACAGCUCAACGGUGAGAAACAGGAAGUGAGGUUGGCUGGCUCCGCCUCCAGACACUGCUUCAAUGAUCUCACGCCGAACACGCAGUACACGAUAAGUGUUCACGCUCAGCUGCAGGACACGGAGGGACCGGCGGUCACCACCACGCAGAGGACAUUUCCUGUGAGCACGUCUCCGCCCACCACAACCAGCAGCACCGCCCCUCCGCCCACCCUUCCCGCCACUAAAGAAGUGUGUCGCGCUGCUAAAGCAGAUCUGGUGUUUCUGGUGGACGGAUCAUGGAGUAUCGGAGAUGACAACUUCCAGAAGAUCAUCCGCUUCCUGUACAGCACAGCCGGAGCUCUAGACCGGAUCGGGCCGGACGGGACUCAAGUGGCCAUCGCUCAGUUCAGUGAUGACGCUCGCACCGAGUUCAAGCUCAGCUCCCACGAUAAUAAAGAGAGCCUGCUGGACGCCAUUCAGAGGAUCUCAUAUAAAGGAGGAAACACAAAGACAGGCAGAGCCAUGCAGCAUGUCAAAGACUCCGUGUUGACGGCGGUGGGCGGAGCCAGAAGGGGCGUGCCUAAAGUCCUGGUGGUGCUGACGGACGGCCGUUCCCAAGACGACGUCCUCCAGGUUUCCCAGGAGAUCCAGGCAGAAGGUUAUGUCGUGUUUGCCAUCGGUUUUGCCGAUGCUGAUUAUGGCGAGCUGGUGAGUAUCGCCAGCAAACCCAGCGAGAGACACGUGUUCUUCGUGGACGAUCUGGACGCUUUCAGAAAAAUCGAAGAGAAACUGAUCACCUUCGUUUGUGAAGCUGCUUCAGCAACGUGUCCAUCAGUUCCCAUGAGCGGCAGCACUUUACCAGGGUUCAGGAUGAUGGAGAUGUUCGGGCUGGUGGAGCAUCUGUACAGCAGCGUGAGCGGCGUGUCGAUGGAGCCGGGGACCUUCAACAGCUACAGCAGCUACAGACUCGGCAGCGACGCGCUCCUGACGCAGCCCACCAGGUUCAUCCAUCCGGAGGGUCUGCCGUCAGACUACACCAUCACCAUGCUGUUCCGGCUGCUUCCGGAAACCCCACAGGAGCCCUUUGCAUUGUGGGAAAUCCUCAACAACAACAACGAGCCAUUAGUGGGAGUCAUUCUGGACAUUGCAGGAAAGACUCUGACUUUUUUCAACACCGAUUAUAAGGGCGAUUUUCAGACGGUGACAUUUGAGGGGAUGGAAAUCCAGAAACUCUUCUAUGGCAGUUUCCACAAGCUGCACAUCGCAGUGAGUAAGACCUCGGCUCUGGUGAUGGUCGACUGUAAAUCGGCAGGAGAGAAGCCUGUUAACGCAGCCAAAAACAUCAGCACUGACGGGGUGGAGGUUCUCGGCCGGAUGGUUCGAUCCAGAGGCUCCAAAGACAACUCUGCUCCGUUUCAGCUGCAGUCCUUUGAUAUCGUGUGCAGCACAUCAUGGGCUCGACGGGACAAAUGCUGUGAGCUGCCCAGCCUGAGGAAGGAAGCUGACUGUCCGUCUCUCCCACGCGCCUGUACCUGCACUCAGGACAGUAAGGGCCCUCCUGGCCCCGCCGGACCUCCUGGAGGUCCUGGUAUCAGAGGAGCCAGAGGAGAUCGAGGUGAACCCGGCCCUGUGGGUCCUGUUGGUCCAGUAGGGGACGCUGGAGUUCCAGGAGCUCAGGGGCCUCCCGGCCCUCCGGGGCCCAGCGGACGCUCCAUCAGAGGCCCUACGGGCGCUCCGGGUGAGACGGGACAGAAGGGAGACGCGGGUCCUCCAGGGCUGCAGGGUGUUCCCGGCUCGCCUGGCUCUCCGGGACGUGAGGGGCCUGCAGGAGCCCGGGGUCUGCCAGGUCCAGACGGUCCUCAGGGACGAGUGGGAGCUCCGGGGACUAUAGGAGGUCCAGGAGCCCCUGGGGCCCCGGGAGAAAAUGGCCCUGCAGGACCUAGAGGAGAACAGGGUCCUCCGGGACUCCCGGGACCUAAAGGAGACAAGGGCGAGAGGGGUGAUGUCCAGUCCACGUCUUCUGUACAAGCCAUAGCGAGACAAGUGUGUGAGCAGCUGAUCCAGAGUCACAUGGCACGCUACAGUUCCAUUCUGAACCACAUUCCCAGCCAGCCGGUGUCGAUCCGCACCGUCCCCGGACCGCCGGGAGAGCCGGGGCGACAGGGGUCUCCAGGACCUCAGGGAGAGCAGGGGCCACCUGGACGACCCGGAUUCCCCGGCAGUAACGGAGAGAAUGGCCAGCCUGGAGCCAGAGGCCCUCCAGGUGAGAAGGGAGAGAAAGGUAAUCCAGGUGUAGGUGUACAGGGACCGAGAGGUGCCGCCGGACCUCCAGGACCACCUGGUGAAGGGAGGACAGGAAGUCCAGGUCCGUCUGGUCGCCCCGGUAACCCCGGGAGUCCCGGCAGAUCUGGAAUACCAGGACCAGUGGGUCCACCAGGACCGGCCGGAUACUGCGACCAGAACGCCUGCCUCGGGUACAAUGUGGGAGAACCAGGCUUUGAUGGUGACCUCACUGACGGAGAUGUUCCUGCAGUUCAACUGCCGUCCAGCUCGUACCAGCCGUACGGACCCGAGGCCGAGGCUGAGGAAGACGACCCCUACGGAAGCUACGGCUCCUACUACCAGCCCAACUACCCUCCGCCUCGCCCCGUCCAGCCCGACGACCCCGUCAUAGCGUCGGAGGUGGAGGAGCUGCGCUCGCCGGGCAUACAGCGACAGACGCGCAGCCUCGCAGACCUGCGCAGACGGCAGCCUAGAAGAGCAGCUCAGAGGACGUAACUGUCGCGCAGGAAACGCAUCGCUGUCACAGACAGGAAACGCAUGGACAGACAGAAACAGGAAGUGUGUCAAGUGAAGUCAGCUUGAUUUCUACAGCGCUUUAUACAAUACAAAUUAUUUCAAAACAACUAAUAAACAGGAAAAUAACAGAAUUAAUGAUGCAAACUGCAUCAAAUUCAUGUAAUUUACUUGUCUAGUAAUACCACAUUAUUUGUUUGUAAUUCCGCAUUAAAGCUGAAAAUAAAACGCUCCAUUGACACGUUUACAUGACCACACACAUCGCCAGAUUGUUAAAGUGUCACUAUUAUGCUAUUUUAAAGGUUUCUAAUGUUGUUUUGUCGUCUCCUACAACAGGUUUACAUUCAUCCAAGGUCAAAAACACUUUAAUUGUCUCAAAAUAUCCACUGCAGCAUCAGCUCUUUUCUCUCAGUGCCUGAAACGCUUCGUUCGAAGAUUCAGUCUCUCUAAACCCCGCCUUUCUGAGAGCUGCUCUGCUGAUUGGCCCGACGGCCCGGUCUGUUGUGAUUGGUCAGAAACCAAACGCUCAUUAUCAUAUCUGAAUGGUCGUUUUAAUCUCAUCAGAGUGGAUUUGCUUUGGCAGCAGAAAACAGCGUCUUCUCGACACGAACAACACGAACCAAACUCUUCCAGUCUCAGAUACAACUACAGUGAUUGUGGGCGGGGCAAAGAGACGCUGUUCAGCCAAUCAAGACUCGUUUCAGGCAGCUCAUUCAUUCACAAACAGCUUUAUUACACACUACAUGAAAGGGAAUCUCUGAAAAAGCAUAACAGAGGCACUUUAGGCAUAAUCAGGUUAAGAAUGAGCCUGUAAACGCGUUACAUCUGCUUAGAUUAAAGAUGAUUUCUGAUAGUAAACCACAAACAACAGAACAACCAGCGGCUUUGCUGAAAUUAAUCUUAUUUACACGCAUAACAGACACAUUUCAUAGCAAAAGCAUUCAGACAUUUGAGACUUUAAAACGCUCACGGUGUCAGACUGAUGGAGACUCAGUAUUCAUUUCUCUGUCUUUCUGUGAAGGUGAUGUGUUGAAUAUAUAUUCACAGCGACAUCGUGAAUAUGUGCUUUGUUGUACUAAUUUAAGGCUAUUUAAGUUUCUGAAGAAAACACCAGCAGGACAGCUUCGUGUCUUUUCCUUUGUGAUGUCUGAACGGUGAACCGAAUCAUUCUUUUCUGAUUGAAUCAGUUCAGUGCCUUGAAUCGAUUCUUCCCAACGGUCCGAAUCAGUUUGUUUGAGUUUGAUAAUGUAGGUGAUUAUUGCUGUCUAUUAAUAUUAUUACAUUUAAAUGACUGUGAUUGAGCAUCGUUCUUGUGUUUAUUUAGAGAAAAACGGUCAGUUGAAAAUAUAAAUAUUUUUUAUUAGCUAUAUUGUAUUUUAAAUUUGAUUGGCUGUUUGGUAUAUAAAUGUUUCUUCUGCUUGAGAUGGGAGAGCUCAAGUUAAACACAGAUAUAUUGUCAUAAUAUCAAGAUUUGUUUGAAUCUGUAUGGAGGCAGAUGAUUCUGUUUGAAUAUAAGAGUCGCAUUCAGAUGAUUCUGUUGAGUUUGUGUUCAAGAGUCUCUUUAUAUCGGCUGUAUAUUGAUACUGAUUCAGAGUCACAGAUUAAACUGAUUAUUCUGCAGUUUCUCACUUUCUCAAGCUUUGGCCACGUUGUUGUUUUAUCUUCAGAAGUUAUUUAUUUUAUCUUGUAAGGUUUCUCUUUAUUUUCAGUAUUCAGCAUGUUAUAAACUUUUAACUAUAUCUGCUGUUGUUUACAAUCAUUUGUUUCAUAGUCAUUUGUCAUUUUUUGAUGUAAUGAUUGCAAUAAUGUGUUUUGAUCAGCUGAAUUAUAGAGCAGGUCAAAUCGAUUUAAUAAAAAUAUCAAAAAACAA